UUCAUAUUCAACCCAUCGUCUGGCUUAAUUUUCGACAGAAUAUUUGACAAAAAUACGAUAAAUUCUAUCACAUCGAUUCAUUUUUGAUAUUCAAACAAUAAUUACAUUGAUACAACGAGAAACUCCGGAUAUUUACGAAGUAUUCAGAAAAGUUUUGAAAGUAUGUUUUGUUUUUAUCUGAUUCUGAAUCACACAAACUCUCACUAUUAUGUAGUUUUCCACUUCCUUUUUAAAAACAUGAUUAACAUAGCGUUGGAAACGAGUCCAAGAGCAGUGACUCUUCAUCAAGUUCAUGAGAAGAUUAUUUAAGCGACGUUAAGAUUUUAUUAGUAACGGAUUCAUCAACAUGAAAACCUUACAAAAGAUAUGUUCUGUCUAUGAUUUUAAAAGGUUGAUGAAUCCGAGAGCAAAGAAAGGCGAGGCGUAUGUUCCCACUGAUGUAGAACACAUGGCAAACAUAAUCACUCACGGGGGCUGCAUUAUUCCCAGUAUCCUGGCCAUGCUGUGGAUGUUAUACAUUGCUCAGACUAGUCUUCAGUUCCUGAUCGCUGUUAUCUAUGGCUGGGCACUGGUGGCCUUGUUCUCCGUGUCCUGUACAUUCCACACGCUGGCGUUCAGUGGGAGAUCCCAGAAGCUGAGGCAUUUCUUCCACAUUGCCGAUCGGGCUGUUAUUUAUAUCUUCAUUGCCUCAUCGUACUCACCGUGGUUGACUUUGCGUGACUUUGGAGGAAUUGAAGAUGAGAUGAUGUGGCUGAUUUGGAUAAUGGCAGUGUGUGGAAUUGUCUACUCAUACACAUUUCAUGAGAAAUACAAAAUGCUGGAGAUUAUUUUGUACCUAGGCAUUGGUGUUUGUCCUGCAACUGUUGCUUUCAUGAUGAGGGAACCUUCAGGGAUAUAUGAGUUAUUUUUGGGAGGUGUUACCUUCAUUGUUGGUGUUGUUUUCUUCAAGAGUGACGGCAUUAUUCCAUUUGCUCACGCCAUCUGGCACCUCUUUGUACUGGUGGGCACAAUGUUUCACUAUUACGCGAUCAAUUUGUACCUAUUGGGGCUCGACCAGGAUGAGAUUAUGUUGACUAAGUAACUUAGUUAUCUGUUCUUAUUUUGUUAUAGUUUUUAAAAAUAUUUAUAUUUUUGUUGAAUCUUCCACAACUGGUUUGUAGAAUGUCAUUAUUUUAGCAAGCUGUGAUUUCUUUCCAUCUACACGUGGUAUCACAUAUUCACAAUUUUUUUAAAAAAAUAAUUGAAUGCAAAAGGUAUGAUGUACAUGUACAAAGAGUUUUAAUGUAUAUUUGAAUGCAAUGCAGACAUACAUGUUUCCCAUAUUUAUGUACAUGUAUAUACUCUUUUAUGAUGAAAUUUAAUGUAGGAAUUAAGACAACAUCUAAUCCAAAAUCAAUAGAUAUGAAUUUCUCAAAACUACGUGUAUCUAUUGUUCAUGUGAAAUUCCUUCAAGAUUAGUUAGCAUCAUUUUGUAGUAUUAUAGAAUCAAGUUUAUUUAUGCCAUGACAUCACAUCCAGUGUACAAAAGGGUGGGAAGGUUUUAACAAAGACAGGUUCAGAGGGGGUUCAAACCCCCUUUAAAUUGGUCAAAAAUACCUAUUUUGUCGUAUUCUAUGCUAUUUUACCG